AUGACCACAAUCCAAUUCUUGGGGCAUAUAAUCUCAGCUCAGGGCAUAUUUGUGGAUCCAUCUAAGGUGGAAGCUGUGUUGAGAUGGGAGCGUCCGAAAUCAGUGACUGAGAUUAGGAGUUUUGUGGGGCUGGCAGGCUACUACAGGAGGUUCAUUGAAGGAUUCUCUAAGAUCGUGGCCCCCUUAACCCAGCUGACUCGCAAGGAUCAGCCUUUUGCUUGGAUUGACCGUUGUGAGGUUAGUUUCCAAGAGUUGAAGCAGAAGCUGACUAGUGCGCCCGUGUUGGUGAUUCCUGAUACCAGUAGGCCUUUUGAGGUUUACUGCGAUGCCUCACACCUGGGGUUAGGGUGCGUUCUGAUGCAAGAAUGA